AUGGAAAGAUUGUAUGAAGUCGCAUCACCCCGGACUCAUUCUGUAGAUCUAUUGCAGAAAACUUGUACAUGUCACAAGUGGCGAGUUAAUGGUUUUCCUUGCGCACAUGCUUGUAGUGCAAUUCAAGCUACGAGGGAGGAUAUCUAUUCAUUUGUUGAGCCAUACUUCACCACUGAAAGGUACAACAAGACAUACCAGGAGAUCAUCUUGCCAAUCCCCAAUUAUGAUAAGCCACAGGCUUAUGAUCCCAGUGAUAGGAUUAUUGUUCUUAUUCCUGUUCCUCCACCUGGUAGACGGAAAGCACAGCGUUUCAAGAAUGCUUGGGAGAAGCAAAAGAGACCUAUGAUGUGCACAAAGUGCUUCACCCUUGGUCACCACAACAGAGCUUCAUGCCCCAUGCUUUGA